CUGCAAGCUUAAAAUAUAUUUAUUAUUUAUUUAUUUACUACGUGGCGUCAAGGUUCCUUAAAAAAUCCUCUGGGCUUCGCUACGAAAUCAAGUUUUUUUUUCGACGAAAGGCAUUGUUCGUAGCAAUCUUCUCGAGUUUUCAUAGCGGCAACUUGUUCUUUGGGCAUAGCAAUCGCGGCAGUAUUUGUGGCGGUUUUCAUGAGUCUGUGCAGUGGAAAGCCUAGUUCCAGUGCAUUAUUGUGAAUAAAAUGACAUCACAUUUUCAAGUUGCACCUCUUGUGGCAUCACCAUGCUAUCCAAAUUCAACUGUAUGGUCAGAGGAGAAUCUGGUGGCUAUUGCUACUGGUCGUCUGGUCACCAUACUGAAUCCAUCUCAAUUGGAUGGACCUCGAGGCUUGAUAACAAUCCCCUCAAGUCCACCGUUUGACAUUGGAGUCGUUGAUAGGGAAGAGCUUUUGACUGGAUGCAUUCUACCUACCAGUUUGUCACGUGAUGUGCGUUCUUAUGUUCGAUCAAUUGCCUGGUCCCAACUGGGAAUGGCUGGAAAUGGAGGCUGUUUGCUUGCUGUUUGCACAACUGAUGGUCGUGUUAAGCUCUAUCGUGCACCAUAUUGUGAUUUCCGUUCAGAAUGGGUAGAGUUGCUAGACAUAUCAGAAAUGUUGUACCACUACUUUGUGAGCAAUGAGUUUGACAACCUUGAAUUAGGGUUUGCUGGAAUUUCUCCAGAGAGGACAGUUUCAAUUGAUGAUCCUUUGAGGGAUAUGAGUUCCAACUCAGUGCAGGAGCCUCAACAUAGAAAAGCAAAGCACGCUAGAAAAUGUACGACAGGCUCAGAUACAAUAGAUCAGGAGUCAUCUUAUGAAGGGAGUCAGGAUUCUCAUAAUCAAGAUAUAGAUGAAGAAUCUUCAGAAGACCUUAAUAGGAGAGUUACUGUUCAUGCAAAAUGUACAUUGAUGCCAUGGUCUGCAGUUGAAGAGGGAGCCUCAGUGGAGGUUCUAAAAGUGAAUGGAUUGCUGCGUUUCUGGGUUCGAGGAAGAAUUGAGCGACUAGAUGAUAGGAAAGCCCUAGUACAAUUCACAGGGACAUCAGCAGAUGAAAUGCAAGAGGAAUGGGUUGCACUGGACUUUAAUGGGAACAAUGAAUCACAAACCUCAGAGGAGAUUACCACUAGACAGAACCAUUUUUUGCAAAAGAUACGACCUUGCAUAAAUGCUGGUAAUUUGCCAAAGGAAAUAACAAUGGCAACACAUAUUGAAGGUUCAGAACAAGUUCCUGCAGAGGGACAACUGGUGGAAGCGUGGAUUAGUAACAGGUGGGUAGAAGGUUCCUUUGUGGGAUAUAACAGUACAGGACUUUUGGUCAACUUCCCUGGAGAGUAUGGACGCAUUUCCCUAGAUCCUGAUAAUGUGAGGUUGGCACCGAUAUGGAAUGAUGAAAAUAAGUCAUGGUGUGUCACUGUGGCAGAGCUUGAAAUGGAAGAUCAAAAGGUUUCUCAGAAUGGUUUUGUUGGUUCCAAGACUACCAUUGGUCGAGAGAAAAUCCAUUGUCAAGAAACAUUGCUCAAGUCUACUGAAAAGGCAAUGAAAAAACGUGCCAGAGAUGUCCUGCCAUCUGUAAUUAGUGCAGAACAAUAUGCAAUUCGCAGUGGGCUUCUGUCAUCAUUAGUUGUUGCCUGGUCUCCAACAAUGAAACACUCCUUUGAUGGAGAUGUCGGUUCAUCUGUAUUUUUAUACAGCAGCUCUGCUAUAUUGGCUGUGGGAGGAAAGUCUGGUAAAGUUUCUUUGUGGAGAGUUUUUGAUCCACAGUACUACACUAUUGAACAUUGCCUGAAACCUCCAGAAGCUAGGCUUAUUGGCUUAUUUCAGGCACAUAAAUCUUGGGCAACCGCAGUUAGUUGGGCUAUAUGCACUGCAAGUGUUUCUGACAAGAUGGACGUGAACACUUCAAGCAACAAGCUUCUUUUAGCAACGGGAAGUUCUGAUGGGAGUGUCAAGUUAUGGUAUGGAGAUCCUAUUAAUCUCAACCAGUCCCAUGAUGACAGCCCUAUACCUUUUUCUUUAUUGAAAGAGGUAAUAGCAGUUGAUUCAGUGCCUGUCUCAGUGCUGUCCUUGUUUGUACCUUCACAAUCACUUGACAAAGUUUUGAUAGCAAUUGGAAAAGGCUCUGGCCAGUUAUCUGUUUGGAUAUGUUAUACCUCUGGCCGUAAAUGCCACAUGGCAGGUCAAUUUGAGGCACAUGAUCAAGUUGUUACAGGUCUUUCAUGGGCAUUUGAUGGACGUUGCUUAUACAGCUGCAGCCAGGAUAAUUCUGUCCGCAGUUGGAUCAUUCAUGGGAGCUCUCUUUUUCCAGUGCCUUUUCCUGAGAGUUCUCCUGGUCCGGCUUCAGAAAAUUCAAAAAAUUCUAUACAUCUUCCAUCAUAUGUGUUUGAUUGUUGCUAUGGCUUGGCUAUUUCACCAGGAAAUUUGGUUAUAGCUGUUGUGAGGAGUAUUGAUACUGAUUUAGUGGACCCCAUGUAUCAAUCAAGGUCCCAGAAGGCAGCUGUGGAAUUCUUCUGGGUGGGUGGGCAGCAGCUGAAAUCGUCACUGGGAAAAUUAUCAGAAUGCAGAUCUGAAACAUAUGGUGGCUUUUCAGAGAAGGAUGUGGUUUGCUGGGAAUCCAACAUUCUGUGGUCUCUAAAGCAGUUUGAAGAUGUGACAAGACCACUAGUUCUUUGGGAUAUUCUGAUGGCAUUAUUGGCCUUGAAGGUUCUGGCAGUGGAUUUUUUUGAAACAAUACUCUCUAAAUGGUUUUCCAGCUGGUUUUCAGGAAGUCGACAGGCAUGUACUUUGGAAAGAUGUCUAAUUCAUUUACCAAGGCUAUUAUCAAAGGUCAGCUGUCGACGCAUACAUUUAUUAGAUGUGAUCUGCAGACGCUUGUUGCUUGCAGGCAUCAAUUUAGAAUCCCUGAAUUCUGGAGUAUGCGAGGUUGAAAAGAAAGAAAUUUUUGAUGCACGUGAGAAAUCAAAAGCUUGGAUCAAGUUACUACACAGCAGUGAGCAUGAGCUUAGAGAGAGGCUUGUAUACCUUUCCCUUUCGGCAAUAUUAUAUCGUGCCUCUUAUCCUCGGCAGGUUUGUCAUCCAAGCAAAAUAGCUUGGGUGCCAUCUGGAGCUCCACAAAUGGACAAAUGGAUAUCUUUGAAUGCUGCCAAAAUUUCGGAUCCUCUUAAGCACCUUGCGGCACAAAUCCGUGAACUUGGGCGUAAGAGAAUUUCGUCUAUCAGUGAAUACUCUGUCUCAGAACGUUGUACCUUCUGUGGUGCUUCUGUACAAUUUCGGUCUCCUGAAACUGCAUUUUGUCAAGCUGGGCGGUGUGAUUCUGACAGCCAAAGUCACAAACUCCAACGUUGUGCUGUUUCUAUGCAUGUUUGUCCUGCCACUUCUCUAUGGUUUUGUAUUUGCUGUGAGAGAUGGGUAAUGAAACAAGCCCCUGAUGCAUUCUUCAAUAUGUCAUCAUUGCAAGAUGCCAAAUAUUUAUCUGAGUAUCUUCUUCUAUGUGGAUCUCCAAAACCUGCAUGCCCUUUCUGUGGUAUCCUGAUGCAAAGAUUCCUGCCUGAAUUUCUGCUUACAACCUCACCAGUAUAGGUCUUCCAGAUUUUGUGAAAUGGGAAAAAUUGUACCAUUGGAAGUUUGAGUGAAUUCUUUUAGCUCUUAGACGGGAAGAAAGGGUUUUUGCUGGAUUCUCUCUUCUGUAAGCAGUCAGCAAAGGAAGCUAGAGUGAACAGUUAUGUGUGAAGGUGGCAGAAAAUAUUUUGUACUAUUGUGUAAUAUUAUCCUGUGACAUUUCAGUGUCUUGGUGCCAUUUACCGCAGUCUUAAAAUUGAAUGCAGUAUUUGCAGUCACAAGUGACAGAGCCAGGCUUAAAAUUUGAUGUUAUGUAGACUGCAAAGACAGUGCCAAGUGUUUGCUGUGGGAUUGGAGCGAUAUAUGAAUGGUAUUAAGUGAAUGUCUUUUUAUGACAUUUCAGCUGCAUUUGGUUCUGUGGUUUUUGAUUAUCUACCUUAUCAAUUCCGUGUAGAAAUAGAAAUGACAGAGCCAGGCUUAAAUUUGAUGUUAUGUAGACUGCAAAGACAGUGCCAAGUGUUUGCUGUUAGAGAUUGGAGCGAUGUCUGAAUGGAAUUAAGUGGAUAUCUUUUAAUAACGUUUCAACUGCACUCUAGUUCUGUGGUUUUUGAUUAUCUACCUUAUUAAUCCGGUGUAGAAAUAGUUUUCUUCCAACAUGAUGGUGGACGGCAAAAUGUGCCGCCCAUGGUCAUUGCUCUCACAUACAUGGCAGAGGAGGUUUUCUUGCAUACCUGGCUCAUGCAAGCAUAUCUCAUUUAAUUGCAGGAAGAACACUUCAUCUUGGAUCAGUGUACCUAUGCAACCCCAAAUUGAUAUUUGAGCUUAUGGUGGUUUCAUUUGUACAAAUUAGAUUGCUAAGAAUCACUUUUAAGAGGGUAUGCACCAUUUGUUGUCAGCUUAAGGUGACUCUGUAAUUCCACAGCAUUUUGAGGAGGCAAAAGUGUUAUUUUGGAACUAAUAACUGUCAUUCCAAUAUAUGGUCAUUUUCUAUUUCA